AUGCCCGCGUACGUUAAGAAGAAUCCCGUGUGCUGUGUUUGUGCUGAGGACCUCAGCUUCCCUGUUGCUCGGGCAAAACUCUCUCGUGCUGCAGUGCGAGAACACAGACGCGUUUCAGAGCCCACCAUGAAGAGACUGCUGGUGCUUUGCGACUGCCUCUGGGCCUGGGGCCUCCUGCUGCACGCGCUGACGGAAAGAAGCUACGGCCAAACCUCGUCACAAGAUGAACUCAAAGACAACACCACCGUGUUUACCCGAAUAUUGGAUCGUCUGCUGGAUGGGUACGAUAACCGCUUGCGACCAGGACUGGGAGAGCGCGUAACCGAGGUGAAGACUGACAUCUUCGUCACCAGUUUUGGGCCUGUUUCAGACCACGAUAUG